AAUCAGGCGACUUCUCUGGCUGUCAUCCCGCCAGGCUUUUAGUUUCAUUUUGAGCAAACAGUCGAUGUGAAACGGCUUGUUUUUCCACGAACACGAAGAUAUUUUCGCACUGUCACUUUGUUUGAAUUUUGGAGUAUUUGGCUUGUUUUUAUAGUGCGUUACACGAGCACGCAGGCUAACCAAAAGAUAGCUUGCUAGCUGAUGUUCUUCACGUUUCAAUCAACAUUAGCUGACGGGUUAGCAGCGCGGUGGCAGCUAGCGGUGGGUCGACGCCAGGACGUAUGUGACUGUGAACUUUCACGUCUUUCUGGUUGCUCAGUUUAUAAAGUUAUGGCGUGAAUCGUGUGUUCAACUUCAUACAUAAACCCGUAACGUUACACCGACUCUGCAGUGACGUUUCAAGCAACCGUAAACAUUAGCCGCUAGCUGCCCAGCCCGUUCCUCCUCUUCCUGGGUGUUUUUCUACGUCCGUUGUGGCUUCAAUUUGCGACAGAUGUGUGAAUAGUCAGGACGAUGUUGGUGUCAGACAGAUAAAAGCGAUGAAGCCUGAACAUCAGUGCCCUGCCAUGGCUGAGGAUGGAGAGGUGAGUCCAGCGGGAGGACGCGCUGGCUCGUCAGGCCGCCUGGGCCGACAGACCUACAGAAGUUCAGCCCAUUUCCGCAGCCUGCUGGACGGCCUCCUGGCGCUCAGACAGAGCGGCAUCCUGUUUGAUGUGGUGCUGCUGGUGGAGGGUCGACCCAUCCAGGCCCACCGAAUACUGCUGGCAGCCUCAUGCGAUUAUUUUAGGGGGAUGUUUGCUGGAGGCCUUCGGGAGACGCAGCAAAAGGAGAUCCCGAUCCAUGGAGUGUCUUACAUGGCCAUGAAGAAAAUACUUGACUACAUCUACACAUCAGAGAUUGAGUUAGACCUGGAGUGUGUGCAGGAGGUCCUGAUUGCGGCCACGCUAGUACAGCUUGAGAUUGUCAUCAGCUUUUGCUGUGAUUUCCUUUUCUCCUGGCUGGACGAGAGCAACAUUUUAGAGGUGCAUCAUCUAGCUGAUGUCUACGGACUGCAGCAACUUAACGCCAGGGUCCACUCCUACAUCCUCAGGAACAUCCAGACUCUGUCUCGAACCGAGGUGUACCGACAGCUCCCCCAAGACGAAGUCUUCAGAGCGCUGAGCAGCGACGAGCUUCAGGUGAACAGCGAGAACGAGGCGUACGAGGCGGCGCUUCACUACCACUACAGUCCCGAGCAGGUGGAAACUGACCAGGUGUACUUGCAGGUCAGUCCCAAGGACAGUCUGAAGAUGCUUGAUGCCGUGCGUUUCUGUCUGAUCGAGAAACAAGUGCUGCAGAGGCUGUACGACAGACUGAACCAGUGUCCGCUGAGGGACUCGGUGUCCGCAGCCCUGCAGUAUCACGAGCAGGAGAUCUGGCAGCCCGUCCUGCAGACUCCCCUCACCCAGCCGCGCUCCACCUUCCACUGCAUACUGGGCUUCGGGGGGAUGUUCAGCUCCAGCUCCCUCACAGACAGCGAGCAUUUGUUUCAGGUGUUCCACCCGAGCUGGGGCGAGUGGAGGACGCUCACUGCAGCUCACACCCCCCGAAUGUCCAACCAGGGCAUCGCUGUGCUCAACAACUUUGUUUAUCUUAUCGGAGGAGACAAGAACACCAAUGGAUUCCGUGCAGAGACUCGCUGCUGGAGAUACGACCCUCGUCACAACAGCUGGUGCUCCGUCCAGCCUCUGCAGCAGCAGCAUGCCGACCACUGUGUCUGCGUGCUGGGCGGCCAUAUUUAUGCCAUUGGAGGACGGGACUACAGCAACGAGCUGGACUCAGUGGAGCGCUAUGACCCACACACCAACAUGUGGGAGUUUGUCUCACCCCUGAAGAGAGAGGUUUACGCCCACGCUGGAGCAGCAUUGGACGGGAAAAUGUACAUAACAUGUGGGCGCAGGGGAAUGGCGUACCUGAGAGAGACCUACUGUUUUGACCCUGCGGCCAAUAGCUGGACAGCGUGUGCCGAGGGGCCGGUGGAGCGGGCGUGGCACGGCACGGCCGCUGUUAAUGGACGUCUUUAUGUUAUCGGUGGAAGCAACGAUGAGUGCAGAUAUCGACGUGACGUCCUGAAGGUGGCGUGCUUUGACCCCGAGGCCAACUCCUGGUCUUUGAUGGCCCCCCUCCCGGCUGGUCACGGAGAGCCCGGCAUAGCUGUGCUGGACAGUCGCAUCUACAUCCUGGGAGGACGCUCUCACGACAAAGGCAACCGGAUGAAAUACGUUCACGUGUACAACGCCGACACGGACGAGUGGGAGAGCGAGACGGAGUUUAAGGAGCGCGUGUCGGGCCUGGCGGCCUGCGUGGUCCUCAUGCCCCCCGCUGUGAUCGGCGAGGCCAGGAGCUGGGAGCAGCGCACCAAGACGUCGUGGGAACAGAUGGACAUGGACAACUCGGACGACUCGAGCGAGGACUGACGCGGCCUGGCUGAACUGAAUGUCUGAGCGCCGGAGGCUGCAUGUUGAAGCACCUGGAGGAUUGUUUUGUUUUGUGAGUGGCGGCGGUCAUGGCCGGAUCGUGUCCUUCCUGUACGCUGACCGCUUCGAGUGCCUCUGAACCAAAGUGUCAUUCAGGACUCACUUCUGAAACAUCUUCUUAGAUAAUCACAUCCAUCCAUGAAUCCCUGCUGACGCCGCCGUGUGCCGCCGAGCCCUCGUCACUUCCUGUCACUGUAGCUGCUUCUGCUGUUUAUCAUAGACGAGUGAAGACUACUUGCUAUGCAACGACACUGUAAUAUGGAGUUUGUUCUUUUUUGAUCUGCUAAACCUGGGUUUAGACUUCAGAGGUUGACAGGCAGAAGUUAUUUAAUUGUUCAUUCCUAAUAACUAAAGACCGAUGUUGACUUUUAUUUAUGACUCUGUUCUCGUCUCCACGGCGGCAGCUGCUGGUCAUCGGCAGGAACUGCACGUCCAAACCACGGAGGAAUCGUGACGUCGUCCAGUUUAACAUUGUGCCUUGUUUUCAUGUGAUGUAUUUCUGUGUUUCUGUGUUUCUGUUGGUGGAGAUGAGCCUUUGGUUUUGUGCCUCUGACGUCACAGUUUGUUUGUACCUGAAUGACGAGGCACUGGUGCUACAGGUGGUAGACAUCAGCUCCUAAUAUGUUGCCAUGUCUUUAAAUCCUUUCAGGUCUUCAUAUUUGUGUGGUGAAAACUUUUUUUUUUGGUGUCCUUUCACUGUAAAUUAAUUAGUAAGUUAUUCUGUGACUCAAUCCAAAGAACAAGAAGCUGAGUAGAUUUAGAGUAUUUCUGAUAGAGUCGAGCUUUGCUUCAUGCUGCUGCUUGUUGCCUCAGUUCAUUGUUACGCUGUUCAAUAGAAGCAUUUAAGAGGUUUAAUGAUCGCCGCUCUACUGUGUAUCUGUGCUGAAAAACAGGAGCUUUAAAAUGUGCUUUUUUUGUCAUAUAGAGAGAGUCCACGUCUUCAGAGGAAAUGCACUGUACUAGAACACACUGUCACACACGAUAUGCAAAUUUAGCAUCCUGUUCAUGAGAUCAGUUUUGAAGUUUAAUAAAAACAGUAAUGUGUU